AUGGAUAAAACAAAUAAAUUUUUGGAAUAUCAAAACGAUCCCGACUUUUUCAAUAUCGUCAAAACGUCCAUUGAUAAAGAAUUAUCUAAUAUGAAGAAAAUAGUUGAUAAAAUAAACCAAAUGAGAGUGGAGGCGGCGUACUUAGAAUCAGACUUAAUGACAAUUGUUGAUGCGAAAACUUGGGAAGACAUCACUGAAUUCAUAGGGUUGGCACCACUGAAGAAAGAAAAUUGA